AUGCUCGAGGGCGCGCAUUGCUUUGCGAGCGCGGCGGACGACGGGAGCCUCCACGUCGUGCGCGUGCAUGUUGCGCAGAGCGGGACGCUGCCCAAGUAUAGCAAGUUGCAGGUCGUGCGCGAGCAUCGGACGGACACGCCAGGAGAGUAUAUCACGAGCAUGGUGCACUACUCUACUGAAACGGCGUCCAACCUGAUAUAUGCAACGACGCACUCCAUCAUCACUAUCCUCGACCUCCGCACGAUGCGCCCCCUGCAGCGGAUGGAGAACGCGCGGCACCACGGGCCCAUCACCUGUAUCUGCCUUGACCGCAAGCGGACGUGGGUCAUUGCUGGAACCUCCACCGGCGUCCUCUCCCUCUGGGACAUCCGCUUCGGGAUCCUCGUCAAGAGCUGGCGCGUCGGCGUCGCGCUCGAGGGCCGCUUCGGGCGCGUGCACCAGUGCGUCGUCCACCCCACCAAGGGCAAAGGAAAAUGGGUCGUCGUCGCGGUCGAGACGCCCAAGGCGGCGUCGGACAUCGCCUCCCACACGCUCCUCGAGGUCUGGGACGUCGAGAAGUCGGCGCUCGUCGAAGCCUUCUCGACGCGCGCAGUCGUCAACCCGUCUGACGCUGCGGAAGAGCCGCGCGAGGUUGCCGUCGGGGAGGCGGAGGUCAGCCCCGCUGCGGCGAUCGCUGCGCUCGUGCGUGCGCGGCAGGAGGGCGGCGCUGCGGACGCGGCGAUGUUCGCCGAGGCGGCGAUGCCGCCGUUCCCGGAUGUGCGCGCCGUCGUGACCGGAUCCGAGUUCGGGGGGCACACGGUCGUGCACCGGUCGCACGUCGCAGACGUCGAGAGCAAGUCGGGUCGCUCGUCGGGACGCGGGUUCGUCAUCACUGGGUCCGAGGACUGCAAACUCCGCUACUGGGACCUCGGGCGGCCGGAGAAGUCCGUGAUCCUCAGCGGCGUAGAUGCGGAGGGUGAGAAGCCGACCUAUAGCUCGAUCCGUGCGCCUGGAGGCACCGCGUCUUCGCACAUCGAGACGUGGGUCACCGCGCAGGCUGGAAGCCAACACAGCCGUCCACCACAACGGCUGUCGCUCAUCAACCACAACCAGCAGAAUCUGCUCAAGGGCCACCAGGACACGAUUACCGCGCUCGCGUGCAUCGACUCGCCGUUCCGCGGCGGCCUGGUCAGUGGUGAUCGCGCAGGGGUAAUCAAGGUGUGGAGGGUGGAGGCGUUCGAGCAGUCGUGA